AUGCCCCGGAGCCACACCGACAACGGCGGUGUCCCCGACGACAAACGGGUGGAGUUCGUGGGGUUGACGUCUGUGGAGAGCGGCGACGCGCGGUCCGGGGGUCCGGGGGGCGGGGGUCCGGGGGGCGGGGGGGGCGGGGGGGGGCGGCUCAGGCUCGCGGGCUGUCCCGGGGACCCCGGGCUCGGGGCCGCGGCGGCGGUGGGUACCGGGGACAGUGCUCAGGGCGCGCGGUUGGGGCUGUUGGGGAGACCUCUGCCCCAGAAACACAGCAACAAACGCACCGCCCGUUACCGGAGACUCCAGAACUGCCUCUACAAUGUGCUCGAGAGACCCCGAGGCUGUGCCUUCAUCUAUCACUCCUUCAUAUUCCUGCUUGUCUUGAGCUGUCUCGUGCUGUCUGUCUUUUCAACUAUUCCUGAGCACCAGGACCUAGCAAACGAGGGACUCUUCAUUCUGGAAUUCAUAAUGAUUGUGGUAUUCGGGCUGGAGUACAUCAUCCGGAUCUGGGCGGCUGGCUGCUGCUGCCGAUACAGGGGAUGGCAGGGACGGCUACGGUUUGCCCAGAAACCAUUCUGCAUCAUAGAUUUUAUUGUUUUUAUCGCCUCUGUCGCUGUCAUUGCCGCGGGUACAGGGAAUAUCUUCGCCACGUCAGCACUUCGUAGCAUGAGGUUCCUGCAGAUCCUUCGGAUGGUGCGAAUGGACCGUAGGGGAGGCACCUGGAAGCUGCUGGGCUCUGUGGUGUACGCUCACAGUAAGGAACUGAUCACAGCCUGGUACAUUGGAUUUCUCGUUCUCAUUUUCUCCUCUUUCCUUGUCUAUCUGGCUGAGAAGGAUGUAAACAAAGAUUUCACCACAUACGCAGACUCCCUUUGGUGGGGUACAAUAACACUGACCACGAUUGGUUACGGAGACAAAACACCACGCACAUGGAUGGGUCGGAUGUUGGCGGCAGGAUUUGCACUGUUAGGAAUCUCCUUCUUCGCACUCCCAGCUGGAAUCCUGGGUUCAGGGUUUGCUCUGAAGGUUCAAGAACAACAUCGACAAAAGCACUUUGAGAAAAGAAGGACACCAGCUGCCAACCUCAUUCAGGCUGCUUGGCGUCUAUAUUCCACCGAUGUGAGUCGAGCGUACCUGACAGCCACCUGGUAUUACUAUGACAGCGUUCUUCCCUCGUUCAGAGAACUGGCAGUCAUGCUGGAAAUACUCAGUCGCUCUCGUAAUGGUGGUGGACUCAGGCCCUCAGACAUCAAAAAAUCACAGGAAGAGUCCCCGCGGAUACAUGCAUUUCAUUCAGGUCAAAGACUAAAUGUUCCGCCCUAUAAUAUGGGUGAGAGCCAUCUCUUUAAUAGUAAACAGAAUUUCUUCCGGAUUCAGACCACACGGAAACUGAGCCAGAAGCUGGGCUUCAGAGAUCGGAUGAAAAUAAAUAGUCCCCGGAUUCAGAGCACAAGGACCAAACAGGCAUCAGCUCCAAGCAUCACACGCUCACCCAGCACAGAGAACGCAACACAAAUCAGUCCCAACAAGGUACAGAAGAGCUGGAGUUUCAAUGACAGGACCCGCUUCCGGGCAUCUCUCCGCCUGAAGCCCAGACAAACGGUGGACAUGGAGAAUCAGAGUGAGGACAGUUACGACGAGAAGGCGUUCCAUUGUGACAUCAGCAUGGAGGACAUGACCCCCAUCGUGAAGACCCUGAUCCGGGCCAUCAGCUGUGUUGGCACUGUGGGCUGUGUUGGCACAGUGGGCUGUGUUGGCACCAUAGGCUGUGUUGGCACCGUGGGCUAUGUUGGCACUGUGGGCUGUGUUGGCCCUGGGCUGUUUGGCACUGUGAGUUGUGUUGGCACUGUGGACUGUUUUGACACUGUAGGUUAUGUUGGCACUGUUGUACUGGCACUGUGGGCUGUGUUGGCACUGUGGGUUGUUGGUGCCGUGGCUUGUUUUGGCGCCGUGGGCUGUGUUGGUGCCGUGGGCUGUGUUGGCACCGUGGGCUGUGUUGGCACCGUGGGCUGUGUUGGUGCCGUGGGCUGUGUUGGCGCCGUGGGCUGUGUUGGCACCGUGGGCUGUGUUGGCACAGUGGGCUGCGUUGGCGCUGUGGGCUGUAUUGUUGUACUGGCACUGUGGGCUAUGUUGGCACUGUGGGUUGUUGGUGCCGUGGCUUGUUUUGGCGCCGUGGGCUGUGUUGGUGCCGUGGGCUGUGUUGGUACCGUGGGCUGUGUUGGCACCGUGGGCUGUGUUGGCACCGUGGGCUGUGUUGGUGCCGUGGGCUGUGUUGGCGCCGUGGGCUGUGUUGGCACCGUGGGCUGUGUUGGCACAGUGGGCUGCGUUGGCGCUGUGGGCUGUAUUGUUGUACUGGCACUGUGGGCUGUGUUGGCACUGUGGGUUGUUGGUGCCGUGGCUUGUUUUGGCGCCGUGGGCUGUGUUGGUGCCGUGGACUGUGUUGGCACCAUGGGCUGUGUUGGCACCGUGGGCUGUGUUGGUGCCGUGGGCUGUGUUGGCACCGUGGGCUGUGUUGGCACAGUGGGCUGCGUUGGCGCUGUGGGCUGUAUUGUUGGCGCCUUGGACGGUGAUGGCGCCGUGGGCUGUGUUGGCACUGUGGGUUUUGCUGGCACUGUGGAUUGUGUGGCCACUGUGGGUUGUGCUGCCACUGUGGGCUGCGCUGGCACUGUGGGUUGCGCAGGCACCGUGGACUGCGCUGGCACCAUGGGCUGCGCUGGCACCGUAGGCUGUAUUGGCACCGUGGGCUGUAUUGGCACCGUGGGCUGUAUUGGCGCUGUGGGUUGUGCUGCACUGUGGGUUGUGCCGGCACUGUGGGUUGUGCCGGCACUGUGGGUUGUGCCGGCACUGUGGGUUGUGCCGGCACUGUGGGUUGCGUUGGCACUGUGGAUUGCGUUGGCACUGUGGGUUGUGCCGGCAUUGUGGGUUGUGCUGCCACUGUGGGUUGACCAGAUCAUUGGUAAAGGUCAAAUUGUGACGGACAAGAAAUUGCGAGAGAAAGGAGAGAAAGGCUCUCUGGAACUGGAAGCCAUAGAUGAGAUGAGUAUGAUGGGAAGAGUGGUGAAAGUGGAGAAACAGGUCCAGUCCAUAGAACAGAAGCUGGAUCUGUUGUUAGGCGCCUACAGCCAGUUUUUAAGUAAAGGAUCAGCAUUGACGCUAGCUGCAAUGCACAUCCCUAUCAUGGACCAGGAGCUGACCUCUGACUAUCACAGCCCUGUAGACAAUGUCGACAUCUCCAUAUCUGCCCAGACAUUAAACAUAUCAAGAACUGACAGCAUCAACACGGAGUAAGGUUGGUCAGGUGGCCUGGGCUCUGCAGAGUCUGACUGAGAUGAACCAAUCGUGUUACCACUUCCAGAGCUGAAAAGACAUCCAUCAAAAAGCCCUUUCUGUUUAUGGUUUUAAUUUCAUUGAAAAAUGACUUUUCUGUACCAAAAGGACAAUCUUUGAGGAAAUGAGCCCAACAGCUCGAGGAGAAAGAUCCCUCAAAGGCUCAAAGACAUCAAUAUCCCAAGAAUGGCACAUAGUUCACACCCGUCUUUAGUGAUUCCAGAACCUAAAACAGAAGACACUGAGUGAUCCAUGAAUGUUGCUCCACAAGGCUUGUCCUAGGCUGUCUGUCUUUUGGAGGUGUGUGUGCGCAGACAAUCAGUAUUCCUCAAACAGACAGAGGGGUUUCCUGGGAGAAAGGUGAAUUCCUUUCUCCAUUUAAAACAUUCCAAUGAGACUGUUUAUUAUUUUGUAUGGAUUUCACAACAAAGGUUGGAAGGAACAUCCUAGUGAAACCAAGUCUGGCUGCACAAGGUUUUCUGGCACCCUUGAGGAGACAAUUUGAAUAUUUGUGUUGUGGGAAGAGCAGACAACAAGUAGCAUCCUUCUGGGGAUAUUAUUUUUGAGUAUUAACUAUCUCCUUAUCUAAUACACUUGAAAGCCCAAUGUCCACACUGAUUGGAACUGGCUCCGUUGUGGAUAUGGCAACAGUGCGGAUAUCAGGUCUUGAUAUGUUCGUUUGUGUGUUUGUGUAUCUCUCUCUGUCCCUUACCCUUCCUCCAGCUAUAUGUGUGUGUGUAUGUAUGAGUGAACAUGCAUGUGCCCUUCUCUUACCUGGAUCAGAUCUCUCCACCUUCUCUGCUCAAGUAAAACCACAAACCUUGCA